UGGUUGAGGGAGUGGGGGGAUUCCCAAUCGCGUGUGUUGGGAGCAUAUUGUUGCAGAAAUUAUUCAUUGGAGAGGUGCGAGGGGGGAAGGGCGCACCCCCCUUCAAAAUGCAGGGGAGACUAGGACCGGCAACAAAGGGGCGAAAAACACCGUUAUUCUUUUUGUUUUCAUGUCAAUCGCAGAAGACAGCGAAGGUGAGUCAGGGAGGGGCUAGUGCUGCCGUGUGCGCCAAUGAAUGAAAGCAGUGGAUUGGAGCAUGUUGGAUGAGUGAGGGGUGGAGAGAGAGAGAAAGAGAGAGAGAGAGAGAGAGAGAGAGAGAGAGACGGGGUGUUCCUCAAAAUUAAAGGAUAGCGAGAGAGGGGGCGAGUUAAGAAGCACAAUUGUGUUGAGCACGUCCUGACGCAAGGGGAGAAAACGCCGGACGGUCACGGUUCUGUUGACGAAUAGCCCACAUUGGGAUAGAGGCGCGCCUGUUAUCUGACAAUCCUGUCGGCUCCUCUCCUCCACGGAGCAUCAGAUGCGCGCUGCAUCACUCUCCGCCUUGCGCAUGAUCGGUAGUGUACGCACCUCAUCUGCUGGGAGUCAGACCAGCCACUGAGGCAACAUUCUGCAUCCUGCUCUUUCCGAGUAUUAUCGCUGUCGUCAAAUUAAGGCCCGGCCGUGAGCGCAGAAUGAGGUGUCUGUUUGUCCUGCUGGCUCUCAGCUCCGUCGCCCUGACCUACGCCAUCGGUGGAGAUACGUGUGUGUCAGGCCAUGACAGCGGGCCCAUGUUUGAGGAGCAGCCCGUUGGCCUGAUCUACCCCGAGGGUCUGACCGAGGGGAAGGUGACCCUGAGCUGCCAGGCCCGAGCCAGUCCUGCCGCCUCAUACAAGUGGCGGGUGAAUGGCACUGAGGUGGUGCUCGGCGCUGACCCGCGCUACACACUGGUGGCUGGUAACCUGGUGAUCAGUAGCCCGCAGCAUGACCACGACGCUGGCUCCUACCAGUGCCUGGCCUUCAACCGAUGCGGCACCAUCGUCAGCCGGGCUGCCAACCUCAAGUUUGGCUACCUGCAUGACUUUCCGCCACAGAACAGGACUCCACAGACAGCCCAAGAGGGAUCCGGAACCUUCUUGGCCUGCCAGCCUUCCGCCCACUACCCCGCCCUCUUCUACCGCUGGUUCCUCAACGACUUCCCGAACUUUUUGACGGCGGACAACGGUCGCCUCUUUGUCUCCCAGGCGACGGGCGAUCUGCACGUGGCCAAGGCCCAGGUGAACGACAGCGGCAACUACUUCUGCUUCACCACCAUCAACUUGGAAAUCAGCACCAAGAGCAUCUUCAGCAAGCGGGUGCCACUGACCGUGCAGUCCGACGCAAACCCCAGGAAGUCCGCCCCCAGCAUCCACGUGCGUUUCCCCGCUGAGACCUACGCGCUGGCUGGACACACCACCCAGCUGGAGUGCUUCGCCUACGGCAACCCUGUUCCUAAGCUGCGCUGGAGGAAGGUGGAUGGUGUGUUGCCGGUGAAGGCUCUGGCCAGCUCUGAGGGCCCCAUCCUGACGCUGCCUGAGCUGGGCUUCGACGAUGAGGGCAUGUACGAGUGUGAGGCCUACAACUCAGAGGGCAGAGACACAUACCAGGGCCGCAUCACUGUGCAAGCCCAGCCAGACUGGUUGCAGGUGAUGAGUGACUCUGAGGUAGAGAUCAGCUCAGAGCUCCAGUGGACCUGUUUGGCAGCAGGCAAGCCCCGACCAUCUAUCCGCUGGCUACGCAAUGGGCAGCCCCUCAGCACACAGGCCAGAGUUCAGGUGAACAACGGCAAACUGAAGAUCAGCAACCUGGCCCUGGAGGAUUCUGGGAUGUAUCAGUGUGUGGCGGAGAACAAGCAUGGCACCAUCUAUUCCAACGCAGAGCUCAGGGUUCAAGUCCAGGGCCCGGACUUCCGGCUGAACCCCGUGCGGAGGCUGGUGCCAGCGGCCCGUGGCGGGCAGGUGCGGAUGGAGUGCAAGCCGCGCGCUGCGCCCAAACCCACACUCUUCUGGAGCCGCGGCACAGAGCUGCUCGUCAACAGCAGCAGGGUGACAGUUACUCCAGAUGGCAUGCUGUGGAUCUACAACAUCAGCCGCGCUGAUGAGGGAAAGUACACCUGCUUUGCAGAAAACUCUUUGGGAAAAGCUAACAGCACGGGACAUCUUUCCGUACGAGAUGCCACUAAAAUCACCCUGGCACCAUCCAAUGCGGACAUCAACCAGGGUGAGAAUGUGACCUUGCAGUGCCACGCCUCACAUGACCCCACUAUGGACCUGACCUUCACCUGGUCCCACAACGGCGUGCCUUUGGACCUGGAGGACCGCAGUGGGCACUACCAGCGAGUAGAGGGGAAAGAAACGAUCGGUGAUCUGGUGAUUGUGAACGGGCAGCUGGGCCACGCUGGCACAUACGCCUGCGCAGCUCAGACAGUCGUGGACACGGCCACCGCCUCAGCCAAACUAGUGGUCAGAGGCCCCCCUGGUCCUCCUGGAGGUCUGGUGGUAAAAGGUGUGAACGAGACAUCCGUGGAGUUGCGCUGGAGCCGUGGCUAUGACAACCACAGCCCCAUUGGCAAGUAUGUCAUCAUGAGCCGCUCCGAUCCCACUGCCUCCUGGAGGAAGAUGAGGACAGAUCCACACAACAUUGAGGGGAACGCUGAGUCAGCCCGUGUGAUUGGCCUUCGGCCCUGGAUGGACUACGAGUUCCAGGCCAUCGCCAGCAACAUCCUGGGUAGUGGCGAGCCCAGCAUGCCCUCUCAAACAGUCCAGACCAAGCAGGCAGGUCCCACCGUGGCUCCGAGUGGACUAGGAGGGGGAGGUGGAGAUCGCAAUGAGCUCAUCAUCAACUGGACGCCCAUGGCCAGGGAGUACCAGAACGGAGACGGCUUCGGCUACAUCCUGGCCUUCCGGCAGCGUGACUCCCAGGCAUGGAUCAUCGUGCGGGUGCCAGGUGUAGAGUCCUCGCGCUUCGUCUACUCCAACCAGACCCUGGCCCCCUAUAGCCCGUUUGAGGUCAAGAUUAAGGCCUACAACAGGAUGGGUGAAGGGCCCUUCAGCCAGGUGGCCCAGGUGUACUCAGCUGAAGAAGAGCCCACAGUGUCACCCCGCAGGGUGAGUGCGGAGGCCAUAUCUGCCUUUGAGAUGAAGGUGUCUUGGGACCCAGUCCAGCAGCUGCCCACCAAUGGCAUCCUCAGGGGGUAUGAGAUCCGUUACUGGCGUCAGCACGAGCGUGAGGCGGCCGCUGACCGCGUGCGGACAGCCGGGCUGGAGACUAGUGUCCGCGUGGCCGGCCUGAGGCCCAGCACCCUCUACCACGUCACUGUGCUGGCCUACAACAGCGCCGGCACCGGCCCCGCAUCACCCAGGACCACAAUCAACACCCGCAAACCGCCCCCAAACCGUCCUCCUGGCAACAUCUCCUGGAAGACAGAUGGAUCAUGGGUAACCGUGAGAUGGGAUCCAGUGACGGCCAUGGACAAUGAAUCAGCAGUGUUGGGCUACAAGGUUCUGUAUAAACAUGAGGGCCAGUCAGCACUGAAGGUGUUGGACAAAGGUCAGACAUCAAUCAAGCUACCGCUGCCCAAAGACAAUGGCUAUGUUGUCCUGGAGGUGCGGUCAUGGGGGGACGGCGGGGACGGCACUGCCCAUGAGACGAUUGUGUCCCGGGACUCAGGAACUGGAAUGAUGGUACAGAAUAAAGCAGGCCUGCAUAUUUCCCAUAAUACUUUGCUUCUGGUCACAGCUGCAUUGUGGGGACUUUCUUUCAUUGUCUCUCUAGAACAGUGAUUUCCACCAGUCCUUGAGCUGCCUAUUUUUUUCUUUUUCUUUUGUUUUUGUCUCCUUUUCACCUGUCCCAAGUCUACCAGCUUCUAAUCCUGUAUCUUGACAGGACAUGUUGGAAACAUCCUGUUGUUUUGGACCAGGAGAUCCAAAGAAAGGUAACAAUUGGCAGGUUUUUAUUCCUUUUUUACAUAAAAAAACAAAAACAAAAAAAAAUCUAAAUUUAGGAAUGAGUAUAUGUUAGGGUUAAGCAGAAGCUGGCUUUGAUUGUACACUGGUAAUAAUGUCAGUAGAAACUUGCCUUAUGGGAAACAACCAGGUGUGUCGCCCCCCCCCCCCCC